CGACGCUGCGCCCAGACGCAAGCCCCGUCGAGGCGAGCGACACGGCGGUGCAGUCUGGAACACAUCGCACGAGUGGCGUCCAACGCGAGGACGCGAGGACGCGCGCGCAGCCGACGGGGCAGCCCUAAGGCUCAGUGCUUGGGCGCCACCGAUACGCUGCUGCCGGCGCGGAGCCACAAAACAACCAAGAAAGAUGGUCGCCACGCUCCAGGGCCACCGCGACGCCGUCAAGGACCCGGCCCACCGCGCGAGAUUGUGGGCCCGGCCCGCCACGAGCGACGAGCCGCAGCAGGUCGACGCGCUGCUGACCUGGGUCGAGAAUUUAUGGAGGGAGCUCAAGAUCAAGGAGGAAGAUAGAUCGUUAUUCCUCGAAGCGAACAACCUACCUUCCAGAAAUUUAGUGGAUAGGCUCCAGCGCACCGUUUAUGCGGAGCUGGUGUCUGAACCGACAAAGCGGCCGAAGUCCGCGUCUUCUUCCAGACCCAAAACGGCGCCCUUCCCCGAUGCAAGGCGCCAGAAGGACGUCGACCAACGGUGCGCGCCGCUCGCCGCGCACGCGAGGUUGCUACUACGCUUCCGGAGGGCUACGCUACGCGCGUUGCGGGAGAUCGAGUCCCGAGAGAAGCUCGUCAAACGAGUCAAGGACUGCUUUCGAAGGUAUCGGGGCGCACCACCUGUCCCAAGAAGGAAGAAGCGCACGUCGACGAUUUACGACGACGACGACGAGGCCCAGCCGCCCUCAUCCGAAACGCAGAUCAAGGAGGCGCUGGCCGACCUGAAAGCGACCUUGCGACCGUUGAACGAAGCCACGGCGCGCGUCGUCGCCGCCGUCGCGGCGUGGCGCUGCUACCAGUGGCGGCCCGAGCCCUUCCUCUGGAAGGGCCGGGACUACCUCGAGAAAUGUACGACGGAUCUCCAUUUUCUCGGCGAGUGCGCCGCGCCCGAGGGCGUGCGGAAACCCGAUAGAAGACUAGCUGCCGCGUUAGGGCCCUGGGCGUCGCAUCCGGCCACGAACUGCGUCUGGUGGCACGAGCGGACCAAGUCCGAAUCCGCGCGCGAGGCGCAGAAAAACGCGGAGUUACGGGGCCGGGACUCGCUGAGGAGGUGGAUCCGCCACACGUUGGACGUUGCUGCGGCUUCUCGGGAGGAGGACCGGACUGCCGCUGCGGACGCUGCAGCUAGAGCGUGUCUGAAGUUGUACGCUCCUGGCAAAGGGGAUCUCCCGGACCUAAGCUCAGCGAGAACUUUAUUGCUGGACGAGCCGUGGCUGCGGAGCGGCGUCGAGAAGGAACGAGUCAGGAUGGCUAGAGCCAAGGUGCCUUUGCCUUGUUUGAGGUGGCUGCCACCUUGUGUCGAUGCUCCAGCAGUACUAGCGGCGGCCAACGUCUUCCACGGCGCCAAGUCGUACCAGCAGCUCCAGACGGCCGAGCGGCAAUUACGAGUACGCUGUGAGGGCGAAUUUACGAGAAGACUCAAAGAACGGGCCGCGACCGACCCGGACGCCUUCAAGAAGAAGAAGCGCCGGCGCCGACGACGGAAAUCCGUGGACGCGCCGGCCCCGGCGCCUCUGAAACAAGUGACGUUCCAAACGGCGCAACACGCGACGAUGGCCGCGAACAUCUUCGCGAAGAAGGACCAGUUGGGCUUGAGGAAGCUCCAGCUGUCCUUUAGACUUAGAAGAGAUAAAAGAUUGACGGAGAUCGCGCACGCGAAAAAGGCCGCGCAUGCGUUGAAGCGAAAACAACUGGCGCGGGGCGGUGCGGCUCUUACCUGCCUUGAAUUUGAUGAUAACAAGCGCUUUUCGUCGCAGUUCAAGGUGGAAGAUGACGUGGUCCGUCGACAGAUAGACUACCUGGACCUGAGGCUCGACGAGCCCCAGAAGCACUUCGACCUCGAGUCUCUACCUGGUCGCGGUGAUCGUGAUGGUCGCGGGUGUGAGUUGAGAGAAAGGCUGCCGCCCUGUUCCGGCGUGGAUGCUCCUAGGGAUGAGAUGCGGACCGAGCACUGGGAGAAAGGGCUCUUGUCGGGUGUCUAUGCCUAUGCGCGACCACCUUCUCUCACUCCAGCCGUCAAGGAACGGAAGAAGAAGCAGAAGGCGCGGUACAAUCAAGGCUGGGGCUCUUCACCUUCAAAGAAGAAGGCGCCGCCGGAGGCCCGCGCGCCGCCGACGCCGCAAGCGGACGAACCUGAUGAUGUACAGGAGGAGUUGCGCGCGGCGACGUACCACCCGAGAGAUGGGUAUUUGGUCGACGGGUCCAAGGCGUCGUCUGAGGAGUUAGUGUGGUGCUUCCGCAAGGGUCAACGGUUGGCACUGGUCAUGGGUCGCAUGCCCCACGAGAAAGUGCGGGCCAUGUGUACGGUCGUGGCGUAUGCGAAUGGUACCUAUUCCUGUGUUUGUGACGACGGCGAGGGGAUUACCCUGGACCCGACCGGGCAUCGCACGAGGACUCUUGAGAUUCCGCUAGACAAAAAACGGGAGGUCCGAGGUUUACAAAGAACGCAUAGGAUAGCGGAGGCGCCGGCGCCGGCGCCGUCCGCUUCAGAACCGUCCCUCGGCUUCGACAUCGAUGAAUCCAGAGAAGUCGCGCGGGUGGAUCCUGGCUCAUGGGCGGAAGAACUGGGCAUCGCCCACGGCUGGGUCCUGAAAUCCGUGGACAAGAACCGCAUCGCGGACCACCAGUCGUUCGUCGAUGCGGCGCUGACCAUCGCCAAGGUGAGGAGGAAAGGCUCGGUCCAAUUGGACUUCGAGGUCCCGUCGUUCGAACUGUGUAAACCAUCAGUUGAAUAUCAUACCGGACAAAGACUAACGGUGCUGUACCAUGGGCGAUGGCGCGACGCCAUGACGCUGAAGAAGCCGUGGGAAGAGCAUCCUCGAGUCGAGGAGCGGCACCGGCAUCGCUUGAGGGUCUUCAUGAACCAAUCACACGUAGAAACCUGCGUCCUCGGUUUGAAUCAUAUGAACCACGCGAUCCUGUUCGGGGAAGCGCCGGAUAAUGAAAAUGCGUAUCAGGCGUGGAAGGAAGAACGCCCAGAAUGGGGCGACAUGUUCGACGCCGUGCGCAGUAGAUGCUUGUCAAGGGAGAAGCGGGGCAAACGGAGGCAGUCCUACCACGCUCUGGUCAAUGGUCUAACGGGUCGGCCGAAGUGGGCCUCUGAUAAUUACGACGGCCCGAAGUAUCAAGCGGAGUCGUUCUCGAAGACGGCGCCGCGCGUCUACACGUGGAAGCGGCCGUCGGGCUGGGGCUACACGGAAGCGGCGCCGUGUGCGACGGACGGGACGCUGUGGGAGUCUAUAGCAGACCUCCCUUCCCUAGUCAAAGUUUUAUUGUCGAGGAAAGGCGACGAUCACAACCGGGGUUCGCAAUCGCAGUGCCGCGUCCUACUCGUCAAUGGGCCGCAGGAGGACACCGCGGCCCUCUCGAGGCAACGCCGCAUGUUGUUAGAACAACGAGCCUCGUUCCGACGGAGCCAAUCCUCCUUGACGCCUUCCCAUACGCCCGUAACCUCGAAGCGAGGUUCAUUUGACCAGACGCCGCCCGCGACACCAAAACACAACUCGGGAACGACAACGCCCAAGGAACCGAGCUUCUUCGAGGAGCAGCAGCGGCGCGCAGCUCGCGCCGACGAGUUGAUUGAGGCCAUCCCCCUGAACGAGAUCGGGGGCGUGGAAACCAAAAAGCUCAUGGCCGAGAUGGCCGUCAAGCAGGCCGUGCGCCAGCUCUGCGCGAACUGGCGCAAGCGCAGCAUGCAGAUGUAUGCUGAUGUAAGGACGUCAAAAGGCCAUCUUAGGAGUUUGAUGAUGGCGUUGUCUGCGACGCGGCAGUUCGGCGACCCGUCGACGCAUUUCAUACCUUACCUCGUGAAGGCUGGUAGCUUGCAUCGCGUGGCACGAAAAUCAGGCAAAGGUAGUGUGUUAGAACACUACUUCGAGACGUGCUACGGCCAGUCGUAUCGACCUAGAUAUAGGUUUUUACUACAAGCCCUGCACACGAACCGGUUGGUGCUGUUGAUCGACGCCACGGAUCAGAAAGAUAAUAAACAGAAGGCCGUCGAAGCCUUUACGGAGACGAGUGCGAAUUCCGUGGUGGACGAUUUCCUCCUGCAAAGGGUCGUGGUCGAAGUGCCGCGCUGCGUCAUCACGGGCGACUUCUCCGAUACGACGCUCGAAAAACUAAGGCAACGCUUCGCGACCUUGGAAGUGCGGCAAGGGUUAAAAAGUGACCACGACGACGGCCUGGACUGCUGGUACGCGGCCCAGAACGAGCACUUCUCCUUCGUGCCGUCCCAGAAGGAGGAUAAGGAGGACGACGAGGCGUCUUUUGGAUUGACGGCGGCGCCGUACCGCGGCACGGCUUUUGCUGAAGAAGAGGAUCUUUCACCGAUGAAGGUCUACGGGCCGGGCCGCAUCUACGCGGAAACAAGCUAUAGGUUGCUGCGGGGGUCGCAGGAUGCUUCCGAGGAGAACAAGGAGGAUCUGAUUGAGUUGUUGAAAACAACGAAGCGGCAGCCGAUCUUCGGCGGCAAAAUUGAAGAAGCGGCGGCCGGGCCCGUGAAGCGGAUGCCCGGGUCGCGGGCGAGCAGAGACUAAUGUGACAAUUAACAGAUAGGUAGACGUGGGCGGGGGGAAACAGACAAGGGGCCAUGCGACGCUAUCGCCGCGGCGGCGUACCGGUGGAGGC